GUGGUCCAUCAAGUUAUUAUCUCGAAAGUGUUGCAGACGGUAGCAUGCGGCUUACAACAGUUUAGUCCUGCUAAUAACUCAUCAUUUUCACACAUAUCCCAAGGAUUUCUUUGCUUCAAUUUUUACGUUUUUUUUUUUUGGAACGACAAAACGAUUAAAGUUUACCCAAAGUGCGCAGUUGUUUAGUGUGUCCGUGUGUCUCGAGUUGUUGAAUAAGAGAAAUUAAAAUAAAGGAUACUUACCGAAUCGCGAGUGCGACGGACCAUAUGGUGUAGGUAGCUGAAGCCGUCGGGUUUCCUUUCCACCUGCAGAUUUGUUCGUGCUCUGUUCUUGUGCAAACUUGGAUUCUGGAAGUGAUGAUGUGUUCGUGGUAGCAAAUAUUGCAAAGACAUGCGUUAGCUGUGUCGCUCUCAUAUAUAUAUAUACACACAUAAAUAAAUAUAUAGAUAAGAUUAGUCACGGUUAGUCAGAUGAAUCUAACAAUGAUGCCUCUCGCACCGACCCCAAUAGUCGCGGUGCCGUCGAAGCCGAAGAUCGGCUUCUCCAUAGACUCGAUCGUCGGCGGCGCGAGUCAACCGAGUCCGCAGCACUCGCCGAUCCACUACUCGGAGAGUUCGGCCCCGCUAUCACCAUCGAGCGAUGCGGAAAUCAGAUUGAACGGAGGCGGCGUUGGAUCAUCUCCGAAACAUCAUUACUCGUCGUCGCCCCAGGUGUCGCCGCAGAGCUCUCCGAAGCCGCCCAUCAUGGUACCCGGAAUACCGGCGCACACCCUCGUCCGACCUAGUCCCACCUACGAUCCGAAUCUCGUCUCCAAGAACGGCGGAGGCGGCGGUUUCAUGCAACCCGAGAUGGUCCAUAACCACGGUCAGCAUCCCUUCGCCUUAGCCGCACAUUUCCAGGGUGCCGCGUUGGCGGCGGCCCUCAGCUCCGGUCAGCACGGAUUCCCGCAACCGUCGCCGCUCACCACACACUCGCAACCGAGAGACAGCUACCCUCUAUAUCCGUGGCUACUUUCGCGGCACGGACGGAUAUUCCCGCACAGAUUUCCAGGAGGUCCAGAUAUUCCCGGUUUUCUGCUGCAACCGUUCAGGAAACCAAAGAGGAUAAGGACGGCGUUCAGCCCCUCGCAACUGCUGAAACUGGAGCACGCCUUCGAGAAGAACCAUUACGUCGUCGGGGCGGAGAGGAAGCAGUUGGCGCAAUCGUUGUCGCUCACCGAAACGCAGGUAAAAGUUUGGUUCCAAAAUCGAAGGACGAAGCACAAAAGGAUGCAGCAGGAGGAGGAGGCGAAGACCAGUUCUGGGGGAAAAUCGUCGCAGGGUUCGAACAACUCUCAUCACGUCGAUAAGUGGAAGGAGGAGACCGGAGAUGACAGCCAGUACGGCGAGUACAUCGACAUGGACAUGGACGAUGAGUGUGUCAGUGAUGUGGAGAGUGAAACGUAAAAAAUAAACCAAAAAAACGAGUGAAAUCAUGGACAAAUUCACGAAACUUCUCGCCUCGAAGAUGAUGAACAAAGAAAGAAAGAAAGAGCGCUGAAAAAUCCUGGUGUAGUUGCAAUAUAUAUAUAUAUUAGAUAACAAAAGAAGAAAAAAUCACCAACGCCCCCUACACACUUCGAAAACCACCUUAUAAAACAAAAGUUUAAAAAAAAAACGAAGUGUGCGUGUACAUAUUAUUAUAAUAGUUUUCGCGACUUUAGAAAUGUCCUCUUACCCCGCCCCCCUCUCUCUCUACUAUAUAAAGAAAAUCAUUUGUUUGUUUUGUAAAUAUAUGUAUGUAUAAACAAAUUAUAUAUAUAUAAAGUAGGCGUUUUUCGGUGCCAAAUUGACGUACGUGCCAAAUCGUCGCGGAAGGAAGAAGGAUGAAAAAAUUAAAAAAAACAAAUUGAAGCCGUGUAUAAUAUAAUAUU